CAAAGCAGCCAUCUUGACAGUUGACGCGGUCCACUUCCUCCAUUGCCAGCAGAGCAUCCCUGGCUGCUACGACGCUUUCAUUUUCCAAGUUGUGGGCGGCCAAAGGAAUAUUGUGACAUUUCUGUACACGGUCGCCACUCUUGUUACAUCGCUGUACAUUUCACUUUUCAUCAGCGUGGAGUAAGUUCCACAUCUUCUGGAACCUCACUUGCCCAUCAGCCAACACAAUGAUCACAAGAAGAAGAGGCCACCGCAACACCGAGCUGAAAUCCCUCGAGGUCGAAGUGAGCAGUGCCGUGAAGACUAUAGAAGAUUUUCCAGAUCUCCCUGAGGAGUUCCCAGUUGAUGACUUUGACAGUGCUGGAAUCGAGCUCGACGACUUGUUUGGAAUUGAAGGCCUAAAAUGGACUCUUGAGCGAGACACAACCUCCCCACUCUUUGACAUAGAGCUUGGUGAGUACAAUGCCAAGAAUCAAGAUAGUGGAGCUGAAGUCUCAACCGCCUCCUCUCCAGAGAGUGUGUCGUCUGCCUUGAAGAUAAGGAACAAGCAGCAGCAGUCCCUCAGUAUGAUAAACAAAAACGCCAUUGCCGCUAGGUUGAAUCGUCUCAAAAAGAAAGAGUACGUUAACAGCCUGGAAAAGAAAGUGGGUAUGAUGUCCACAGAAAACAACAUGCUCAAAGUGGAAAACUCUCAGUUGACCAAAAGAGUGGAGGAACUGGAAGAUGAGACCAGGUACCUGCGAGCUGUGCUGGCCAAUGAGAGCAUGUUAGCUCAGCUGUUGUCACGGCUGAGCGGUGUGAAUGGCAUGAAAUUAUCCUCCUCACUUUUCCAGGGCGCCGACUCAAACGAGCACGACUACGCGCUCCCAAGGAAACGCGUGAAAGUGGAGGAGAAAGAGACAUCGGGCGGCGUGUGCCUCCACGUGGACAAGAACCAUGUCUCAGUGGAGUUCUGCACUAAGUGUGCAGAGAGUGCGAGCACGUCCGUUAAAAUGUAGGGUCAAGUACUUACCUGUUUUCAACUAUUGAGACAGAACUUGAUAUGUGGCUCAAUGUACUGACCAUCUUGAUGGUGGAGGAAGACUGUUGAAUGUUUAUACAUAAGAACUGCUGAUUGUGCAUGUAUCUAAUGACAUGAUGGCUUGAUUGAUCGUUACUGCUAAACCCUGUUGACAGUUUCUUCUAGGUAAUGGUUGCUCUACCAUGAGGAGAUGAAUGGCUUUCUGAACUCCUUAACCUGCUUGACUCCAUGUGGAUUCUGCCGUUGGAGGUUGAAGAGACUGGACAAGCUGCUGGCAACGUGGCCUGGUAUUUUUUUGUUUUUUUUUAAAGGUAGUAUCGGUAACAAUGGUAUAUGUAACUUUAUUUACCUAUUCACCACUGUUUCUUUGGAUGCUGUCUGCGUUUUGUUUUGGGAGUU